AUGGCUGGUAAACAGUGUUCAUCAGCUGAUGAUUUUGUUAAAAUAUGUCGUGAAAAAUCACAAACAAUUUCUACUAUACUUGUUAGGCAAGCUCAAUUAGAUGUAACAAAAUUGACACUUGAAAAAUUAUUUUCUCAAAUUAAUAGUAUACCAGAUCUUCAAAAACAACAUCAUUUUCAAGCUUUACAUAAAGAUGUUAUACAAUUUGCUGAAUAUGCUACAAGUGACAAUCAAUAUGUCUAUAGAUUUUAA